CUCCUCAUUAUAAAUCGUCAACUUCAAUACUUCCUCAACUUCCACGAAAAUCUCAGACACAGACAAGACAACCGAUCAAUUGCGUAGUUUAAGGAUCUUUCUUUCCCAUUUUACAUCUUCAAGUUUAACGAAUUUCUCGCUCCAUCUCCCCUUUCUUUUUUCUCUCGUCACUAUUUCUUUUCCUUUUCUUCAUUUUCUUUCUAUCCAAACAUGACCUCCUUAUCCAUAAGAAUUCCCUUCCAUUGUUUCUUUGAUAAACACUAUUUCCCCAACACUAAAAACAUUCAUUUAAAACUUCCCAGAGCAGUUACUAUUAUUGAAUCAAACAAAUUUUCUGGUAAAUCUGAUUUGACCAAGUCAUUCGUUGUUUCGUCAAAGAUUCAAACACCUUGGGGAACUACGUAUAAACAAGGAGUUUCCCACAAGGUUCAUCUUUUGGUUUCAGAGUUCAAGUCUUUAACGGAGCCAAUCGAUCGCGUGAAACGGCUGUUAUAUUACGGAGAGAUGCUGGCUCCGUUUGACGAGUCGGCUCGGCUGCCGGAGAAUCGAGUCAAGGGUUGCACCACCCAGGUGUGGGUCGACGCCAGGAUAGACAAAAAUGGGAAGGUUCGGUUUCGAGCCGACAGCGAUUCCGAGAUAAGUAAAGGUUUUUGUUCGUGUCUAAUAUGGGUGAUGGACGGUGCUGACCCUAAAGAGGUUGUGGGGGUGACGGCGGAGGAGUUGGUGGAGCUGAACGUCGGAGUCCAUGGGAAGGUCCAAUCUAGAGUAAAUACGUGGCAGAAUGUGUUGAUUAGUAUGCGAAAUAAAACGGAUGCUCUGGUGGAGGAGAGACAAGUGCACCAGCUAAGGCCGCCGCGAUUUUCCUCAUUGCUUUUUAGCUCUGAUGAAAUUUAGACAGCACAUUUAGGUUUCCUUUGGUUUCCCUGUCUUUGGUAAUUUCAAGAUGUUGAUAGGAAAUUAAAGUAGUUUUGAAUAGGCUACUACUGAUUUCUGUAGAUAAAAUUACUAGACUCGAUCCAAUAAUUGAGAUGGGUGGAAAAAAAAUACACUGAAGAAGAAUGGGUUUGUGCAAUAAUAUUUCGCUUUUUAAAGUAAAGAUAAAUAGCGGUUAUUGCAAUUGUAAGGAUGCGUCUUAGAAAAGAAGGAAAGAAUCAAACUUGUGGUGGUUGGGUUUGGCAAUGACGAAGAGCAGGCCCUGCUUGAGCCUGCUUCCCAGCUUCAUCUCUUCCAUAAGCUGUUCUUUCGCUCCAUGGACCCGACAAAUGUUUCUUUUACUUCUCACAUAUGCGCUCACCUAGUUGGAGUUGGAGCAUAUCCACGUCAAAUGCUAGGUCUUCAUUGUUGUUCUUGGCUUUUUCUGCAUCUUGAAUGAGGUUAUUCAUUAUGGGAGGGAUGAUCAUAAAAAGGCUUCAUAGUUGAGCAGAAGGAAAUAAAAGGAGUUUUGAAAUGACCCAACCACCCCGAUGACGAGGAGUCAAAGAUACGUUACAAACGGUGGAGCCUUUAAGACAACCAAAACGACCUACAACCAUUAAAAAUGCAGAGGCAGAGAAACGCUAAGCAAAAUAAAGUGUUCUAUGAGAAUAGUUAAAAUAUGGUUUGUAUAUUCAAAGUAUUUUUUUUCAUUAUAUUAAUAGCUUAGAAG